GGCUUAUUGACAAUUCGAUCGGAUUGGGCAGUUAUAGACUAUGUUAAAACUGAUUGGUUAUUAAUAGCGGCGCUUUUGUUUUCAAUAUUAUUUGAUCUGUAUUUAUAAAGUAUAAAGCAAGGAAAUGUCUACUUCCUUAUUUUUCGUGAAUACGGAUUCGAACGAAGAAAAACCUGACACACAAUGUGUAGACGAUCAAUCUCAAACACAGAGCGAAGCUCAACAAGCCCUAAAUCAUUUCUGGCCAAAAGUUAUGGAAGAAAUAAGGGCUAUUCGUAAUAUGGAUCUCAAACAACAAGUUUUACCUUUAGCUCGUAUUAAAAAAAUUAUGAAGCUUGACGAAGACGUAAAAAUGAUUAGCGCCGAAGCUCCUUUGUUAUUCGCGAAAGCCGCGGAAAUUUUUAUACACGAACUUACACUAAGAGCUUGGAUACAUACUGAAGAUAAUAAGAGAAGGACUUUACAAAGAAAUGAUAUCGCUAUGGCAAUAACUAAAUAUGAUCAAUUUGAUUUUUUAAUUGACAUUGUACCUCGAGAUGAUAUAAAACCUAAUAAGGUUAGGGAUGAAACGAGGGGGUCUUCAAAUCCGGAUCAGGUACAUUAUUAUUUUCAACUCGCUCAACAGCAUCAUGCUAAUUUACAACAAAAUAAUUCUUCACCUACUUCGAAUACUAGUGGAAAUCAGCCCCAGGGCGCUAUUCAGUUAGUUCAACCCCAACAAGUUCAAGCAGUACAAGUGAAUACCAUUGAACAACCCACAGCCAGUUCUGCAUCCCCGACGAGUACAAACACCACUCAGUCACCUGUUAUUUUACAAGGUCAAACGAUACCUCAAAAUCAAGGAAAUGUUCAAAUUAUACAGCAGAUCGUAACACCUACAGGGGAGAUACAACAAAUACCAAUCCAGUUGACACCACAGCAAUUGCAGAUUAUAAAAAUGCAAUUGCAAGGUAAUUCUUCUCAGCCUGUGAUUAUUCAAACGGCACCUAUAGCUGCUGGUACUCAAUCACAAAUCAUUCAAGUAGCUCAGCAAAAUCCCGGGCAACAAGUGUUUUUAGCACAGGGUAGUAGUAGCUCAGAAAAUGAAUAGUAACAAUAUUUAUUUAUACUAAUUAAGAUGUAAAUUAAAAUAAACAAUAAUUUAUAUAGUUUCAAGUUUUUUAUUAAGAAAAAAAAAUAACACUUUUGUAUAAUACAGUGUAGUAAUAUUUUUACAGUAUGUUCAAAUAUACAAAAUAUAAAUAGUUUUUCAAUUACAA